GACAUAAUUAUCCAGGUGUGAAAUUAUACUAACUUAGAUAGCAUGUCUUAGUGCAGUUAAAUCUGCAUCACAAAACAAUAAUAGUCAGUCGAUUCCAGUCGACCUUGGUUAUGGUGCUAUUUCAGCUUCUCUACCCAAGACAACGAGCGCCGAUUCUUGGUGAACGUGCCUUUUAGCUGUGGCAAUUGAUUUGAGAGUAACAGUAGACCCCAUGAAUGCGAGAAUCAUCAUAGCUACAGUAGGGGCACUUAUUAUCACUGGAACGUUGACAGAAUGUUUAGACCAAGAUGAACACAACAUAGCAGGGUGCCUACGAGCCUGCGGCUGGGACGAGCAGAAAUCUUUGACCAAGAGAGCUCGGGUAAGUUGUCUCUUUCUCUUCCAUUUACAUCGAAAUUUCCAUGUUAUGGUGAAAUCGGCCGUUAGCUGAGAACGUAGCGUUUUGAAAGUAUAGAGGUUUUAAUCGCAAAAUUCACUUGAAGCGUUCAAGGCAGAGUUGCGGCUGCCGCGAAUUUCUGAUAUUUGUAUACAAACAAAAAAAUUGACAAAGUAAAUUCUGUGCAUGUGAUAUUUGACGACAAUUACCGUUAAUGAUACCAAAACAUCCAGGAGUAUUGCCUUGAAGAAUUCGACUGCAGAGAUCAACCGAAGAAAAUUUCGUACCGAAGGCCUUUGCUUUAUCCAGCUCAAAGUGCGGUUAAAAAGAAAUGUCAUCAAUUUCACCAAUUUCACCAAUUUCUGAAUUAGUUUGCCAGAUAUGAUAGUGCAAACAGAAAUGGAGCUAAUAAUCUUCCAUGCAAAUUCGGUAAUAAAGAUUUAACAUGGUUUGCUUGAUCAUACAUAUUAUAGGUCAAUGAAGUUAAUGUAGCAUCAAAUGAUUGAUGCUUUAAUGCACGAUCACGUCGUAUUGAGUUUUUCAAUCCCUUUUUGUGCUUUGGCCAGAUGAUUUUACUCUGAAAUACCUCUCUUUUCGCUUUGUCACAUGGAGCACUAUUUUCGUUGAGUGAUUGCUUCAAUUUAGAAAAUAUAUUAUCCCAAACAGGGAAUAUAAUUUGCUCAAGUCAUACUGAUUUGCGAAGCACUGAGGUAUAUUCAAUUAGCAGUCGAACAAACUUAACCCUGUUGGACGUGAAAUCAAGAUGUGAACAUGAAUUUAUCCUGUCUCUCGCUCCUUCGAGUUUUCUUUUGAGUUGGCCCAAAAACUUCAGUACCUCAGAAAUUGUUGCAUCAACAAUGUUUGCAAAUUAGCGACAAUGUUUUAUUCGUGUUCUUUCGUGCAUUUAUAGUUGUCAUCGACUUUUGUUUACCGCAGAGUAUGUUUAUCAUAGUACGUUUAGUUUCUAGUUUGCCCUCGAGACAAUUAUGAGCCUAUUGUGAAAUUUUACUAAACUUGAAAAUACAGCAAGGCUAAGGAAUUGCGAAACGAAGUUUGCCGCGUAACCCAUUUUCAUGAAGUUAGCAAUACUGAAAUAGCGUUCAGUGUCGGGGUCUUAGGAUAGAUUGUUUACAAUCAGGACAAGAAUUCCAGAAUUAGGGAUCAUUUACAUUAAAGGAAGCAAACCGGAAUUUUUAAGAUCUUACUGUUUGUUUGCAUGGGAAAGACAGAAAACGAAAGAGAAUAAAUUAACGUUUGAACAUAAAAUUUCCUCCUACAUGGCAUUGUUUUGUUCCCUCCAUGCCAUUAGCUUGGAAAACAUCCUACACCUGUGAAAAUUGCUGGGAAUGGCUGAAUUUAGGAAGUGUGUUAUAAAACUUUCUUUACUUCACUUUUCUUGAUUAUUAUUAGAAUUCACGUUGAAAUUUAAAGAAAAAGAAAAUAAUUACGAUAUCAUAAAUAAAAACAUUGCCAGGCGAUAAACACCGAGAAAGUCUACCGAAAUCAAUAUAUUGCGGUUAUCAACAAUACAUUAGGUUUGGACCAGAGACUUAAACGAUUCCGGUUCAAGCCAAUUUUCGCAGGUUCUGGCAUGGCACGCACAAAGGAAAAUUUGUCGUACACCAGGACAGACAAGUUUCGAUCAUGUGCAUUCUUCGUGACUGUCACGCGAUCUGGGGUUCGAAAACAAAUGUGUUGAGCCAACAAGAGUUUGUUAUCUUGCUAUCUGUAUUAACUUUUGCGUGUUAAUGAAUUGUAUUUUCAGUCUUUUGUCUACUGUUCAUUAAAAUAUAUUUUUUUUCACCUCGGGCUGCCUCGAGUAAGAAUGAUAAUGAUAACCACUCGUUAAGAACAAAGAAGAGAGAAUUUUAACAACGUGUGGAACGUGACAGGUAAAUAAUUGUGGUCGACCACAUCCAAUGAUUUUCUUUAUCAGUCGAUUCUUUUCUAUACAAUUAAAAGUUAACAUAUUCAAAAGCAGUCAUUUCUUUAUCUCAUUUAAUAUGCGUUAAAACCAUGAGUAUGAGGUCUACUUCGUAAAUUUUGAUUACAAAAGUAUAACUUGUUUUCGUUUAUCCACAAGUUAUGGGAAUUGCUUCUUCGAUAGAAUGAACGAACCACAAAGAUUAGUGCUCCAACAGGUCAUAGAUCUGAAAUAAAUGUAGGCCCCAUUCACACCAGCAAAACAUGUUUUCCACUCUCCCUAAGUAGUGGUUAACCCUCACUUCAAUAAGUGGUUGAGAUCUAACCUCUCGUUACCUAAGAUACCGACAGAUUAUCCACCCAAUAAGAAUAGAUAUGUAUAGAGUCAUGUUUGAUGCUGUUAUUUGAAUGGAACCACACCUUUUGAAACGAAACGAGCAUAAACUAGAGGGACAAUGAAGAUCAUGAAAGGAAUGAAAGCAAUUUGAGACCAAGGCACUAUUCACGCGGAAAUGGAUACUAGGCUUUUAUUUGUGCCAAUUUGGAACGGCUAUUUUUGCGUUUUCUGCUUAAUUUGCAACUGUUGAAUUGAAAGCCCUGAUCAGUGCUUUCCUUUUUUUUAUAGAAAUUAAAUGAUAACAUUAGCCUGCGUCAAAACUCCAAGAUCGUCUCAUUUUUCAGUUUCGAUCAAUUCUGAAUGUGUUAAAGCUUUCUCCAUCCAUCAGGAUGGAGCUAAACAAACACACUUUAGAGUAAAUCCAUGAAAUGCAGGGGAAGAAGAUCUAAUUUAUUGAUGUAAAUGCAAAUAGAAAAAUUGAAUGCGAUAUUUCAAAUUCAUUAGUGUCUUUUUCCAAGUACUCAAAGCGCUUUCGAUGUUGAGGCAGAAGAAUACUGUUGGUCUGUCAAUUUGAAGUCGAGAGCCACAAACAUCUUGAUUACAAUUUUAAAGCUUUGACCUACGUACAGUCCUUUAAACAGAGAUCAUGUUUUUACCUUUAUGUUUUGCAUUUUUUCAGGCCAGCUCAUCUCUCUCCUGCGAUCAGUGUUUAAGAAGGAGGAGAGGUAAAUAAUACUUAUAAAGUUGAAUAGAGAUCACAGUAAGACAAUGUUUUUGCCUCUCACAUGGGACUAUUUUUAGCGCUCGGAAAUAAACUAUCUUUGAGCUAUGUUUGGUUCUAAGCCAACAAGUGAACGAUGAUUAUCACUGAAGAGAGCGAAGAGUAAUGAAGAGAAUAAUGUACCAAAUUGACGUGGAUGAUUAAAAUUGAAAGUAUUCGAGACUGGAUUGAAACAGAUAAGAAAACUAUACAUUCAGUUAAAUCUGCUGUCUUUGGAAAUCAGUUAUAACUCACUGUUAUUCCUGAGCCAUAAAAAAGUCAGUCUAAAUUUUCUAGUGAAAGAAGCAAAAAUAUUACGUAUAUUCAAAGGAAAUGUAAUUUUUGGAUUAAAAUCCGUUUUCUUCUCUCUUUUCAGACCUCUAUCGACAUGCUAUCACUGCCUUUGUAAGACGUCGGAGGCAAUCUCUUAGUUAUGGUAAGUAUAUCUGAUUUUGUUUAACAAGUUUUCGGCUGGAACAUGGGCAUCGUUUUGGAGCGGGAAACUUGGACAGUUUGUCAUAAAAAAUUCUGGAAAUAUCACCAUGCCAAAUUUUUAAAUUCCUCUAAGGCAGGAAAAGUAUCGCUUGGUUUUCUUCAACCUUAGCCCAAGAAUAAACUGUUUUCUGUUUGGCGAAAAAGAUCUCUGGAAAGAGCUUUUUAGAGAAUUAAAUCCAGCGCAAGUCUUAUUUCGAUUAACUUGGAUCAGGAUGAAAGAGUUUUUUCUUAGUCGCAGGCUAUUUAAACCGGGUAAAAUCCAGAGGUUGCCAGCAGGCUCCCAGCAGGCCACGAGUAGCUUACGUGUAACCGUAUCCUCCCCCUCCCCCAGGGUAAAACGGAGGCGGGGGAACGUUUACGCAAACCUGACUCUAAUCGUGUUCCGUGACGUCACUCUUUUGUAAGAAAAUGUCCACUGACUUUUUAUUGGUUAACCCUUUUUGCCGAUUCUUUGUCAACUCUGAUUGGCUAGAGUUGGUGAUUUAUUUUAAUACUUUCGAACAAGAUUGUUCGGCAGGCAUUUCAUCGCCCUCACAGGAGCCCGGCCGUUCGCCUUAAAUGGUGAACAAAAAUUUUCUCCCAUCCGCAUCGCUCUUUAAUGUAUCAUGAUCCUCAAUAUACACCACUAAGACAGUUGUUUUUUUGUAGCUUAAGGUUAUCCUUUAUUUUAGACUGUGCGAGCAGGGCUGAUGACAAUUCACCCGUACCUGAAAUACAGCUUGCACCCAAUGUCACCGUAAAAUUCGGACAGUAUGAUAACACAGACGACUGGUAUGCCUACGUAUCUUGGAGUCCAAUCAAUGGUGCGUAACUGGCUUAUUGCCUGUCCUUUAUUAUUCCAAACAACGCAAACAAAAAAGCGAAAAAAGAAGAAAAAAGAAAGAAAAGGCGUUAUUAGCCUUUGCCCCUGAACACAGAGAUCCACUUAUUCCACAAGCGAAGCAGUGUAACUUUGUUAGUGGCUUUUUUAAAACAGUCAGUGAACCAGGAGAUCGCUGGCAAAAAGUGAAGUUUUCGCCAGAAGAUAAAUAUUUUCACUGAGUUAGCUAUAAGACCUCACAACGCUGUUGACAAAAUUGAGUGUUUCAUUAAAACGGUGGGCUAGAACCUACUUCUGAAUAGCAAUGGCUGAACAGUGUUUUGAUGACUGGUGUAAGUAAGAUGCGUUUCUUAAAGCUCUCUCAUUUCUUGGAGUUAAACGUAUUAUAGCGCGCAAAAGCGUAGGGAAAAUGUGGUAUUUGAAGACCGAUUGAAAAUUAUCUGAAAACUACGAGUAUGAUUUACUUCAAUAGAGAAAAUCUAUAGUUAUACGUCUGCAAUUUAUUACAAGGCACAAAAGUUCGCUUGAACCUAUUCAUACCAUGGCCUCUGAGACUUUUCAAUCCGAAACAGAUAUAUCCUUUGAAUGAUAUAUUUCUCACAGUUCCGCUCUAAACUUCAUGAAAAUAUUCGUUGUCGGAAUAAUUGCCGCACUUGUUCUAAAGUUUUAUAUUCUCUCUAAUAUUUUUUAUUAAAUUCAUAGAUCCGGCUGGUUUUUUAAAAGGCUAUUCUGUUCGCUACUCGUAUGACAUUGAUAUACUUUGUGCUAACGUGCCGAAGGUAAGAAGAGAGGUAUCAUUGCUAGCUCUAUCCAUAAGAUAUUUGAUUGAUCUGGUCGACUGGUAUAGUGUAAACAGGUAAAAUAAGUGUAUACCCUCAUACGAUUCGUAGCUAUUCCAGCAAAGACUGAAUGGAGACUAUCAGCUUGAGAAGCCUCAAGAUUUAUAUUCGCAAUUUAACAAUUGUGCAUAAAACAUCAGCCGCCCACCGCAAUUUGAGAUAUGAAAGAGUAACGUAAUCUUUCGAAAACUGUCUUCAAUUGGGAUGAACAUCGACUGCGAACGCCUUUAUUUCAAUACAAUUGAACAACCUGGAUGCGAACGCAAUACCACAGGUGCAGUUCGCAUUGUGAAAGCAGACACUCAUUAAAUACAUUGCGACAUCAGUCUUUCUUCGUUCGCGAGAGAGGUUGAGGCUUUGAUCAAAGUCAGCCAGCGAGAGACCUGAAAAGGGCCCUGCACCUCAUUAUCGGCGUUAGAGCCCAAGCAGACCUCUUGCUCAAGGCCACAAACUUUCUGGCGGCGAAAAAAAUGCUGCAGAGCUAGUAAGACUAACGAUUACAGCCUGCUAUAUACACAAUUCACACACAAAAAGAAAUCCUCAUUUGCCCUUUCUGGUAUCAAGAAUGCCUCCAAACUCUAGAGAUAUAUUGCAUGGAGAAUAGGAAAGAAAAAGGGGAGAAGUGAAGGGAGGGGGGGUGGGGGGAGGGUGCAAGACUUUUUUACGUCAUGGAUAAGCGACCAGGCCAAUAAGCAAGAUUUAAAAACAGCAGCGUGCGAGUUUUUUGUUCACUUAAUGACACUUUUUUAAUAAUUGCGUGCAUGGUAUUUUUGGCAUACUUUUCCUUUCAACCCCCAUUCGUAAUUCUCCUCACCAGCUGUCACAUCAAAAGGCAUAGUAUCAGGAAAUGAUGAAGCUUUGAUUAAGGCAAAUUUCAUGGACUUUCGUUGUACUUUUCUCCUCCUAUCAUGUUUUUAGAACCAAACGUCUGUCAGAAUAAACAUAUCUAGUUAUGGCUAUAAUCAGGGUGAGAAAAUUCACCUACUGGUAAGUUCAAGGAGUGAAAUGCAGAUUUCCUGAUGUUUUACUCUUUUUGUUUUAGUGUCGUCUUUUGCUCUCAUAUUUCUAAAUGCACUAAAAUAUGUCAUUUCACUGACUUAUUUAUAAUAUACUGAUCCAUCUAACCCUUCUUGCAUGCAUGCAAGAAUGCUUGUAUAUCAACGUGCAUGCAGAAAUGCUUGCAUGCAUUCAUCCAUCCAUUCAUUAUCCCAUUCAAUUUUUCAUUUACGAAUUAAAUUUGUUCAUCUUUUUGUCCAUCCGUUCGUUGGUCCGCUCGUUCGUCAACUCCUCAGCGCCUUCGAUAUUUUAUUCAUUCAUUUAAAUUCCCUAAUUUUUUCUACUUGAAGGUUGUAAGUAUCCCCUAUAAUACGACUGUUUUUGGGAUGCUGGUAUUCCCUGAAGAUAAAAGUAGGUUCUAUUAGAUUAAAAUAAAGAGCAUUAACUGAAUAUAGGGUCUCAAUGGAAUGAUUUACGGCUAACCGUUACAAUUUUGGCUAUUUACAGCUAACGGUUUACCCAAAAAUGAUACAAAACUAACACGCUCUACAAGGAACAGUUUUUACGGUUAGCUUUUUUCACGAUUAACGUUUAAAAUCUCCCAAUUUUACGCCUAACGGCUAAAUGUUUUUGGCUGUUUUACGGCUAACGGUUAACCCCAUUAAGACCCUCCACAUAGAGCAUAAAAUUUGGUAAAUUUUAACUGGUGAUAAGUUUUUCCUUCGAACGUGGGACAAAGAAAAAAAUUCUCCAUGAGGAAUCGGACCUCAGACUUUCGGAUUAUGUCAGACUUCACGGUGAAAUUUUGAGAUGGUCUUAACCUCCUGACAAUUUAACCCAAUUAGUGGAGGGGGAUGGCAUCCCCAUUUCAGAAUUUCCUAUUUCCUUUUAGUUGAGUAAAGCCGUUUUCUAUUUUAACACCUUAAAUCACAUACAUGUAGGAUAUUCAUUUCUGAUGAUUACACACUUGGCCUCAAGAAGGCACUUUCAGCGUUCACUUGAUCUUUAGAUCCAUCUUAAAUUUACAUUUUAGCUUCAACAUCACCACCACCAUCACAAACUAUGACAUCAGUUAGGGUAACAACGAAAUCAUCGACAGCUGCAAAAGCAUCCAUAGCCACAGAAACAUCAAAAGCAAGGACAACGACGAAAGGUGAGGUGCUGACCCUUUUAAAACAAAGAUUAUCGUUAGUUUCGUCCACCUUUUGCAUUGCUUCGUACCUCUUCCUCGUUUGUGUUCCGGAACUCUGUUAGUGUAAAGCUUGGCCUUUGUGCGAAUUAUUACUAAUAACUUCCAAAAGAACCAAUUUUUCUUUACCGACUGUGGUUGGAGGGGGGAGUUUGGAGGAUUUUGGGGAAGGAGUACAUCAUACAUCAUGGUUUUUAGGGGGUACAGAGGUGGGGGGGAGGGUCAGUCGACGCCAACAGAGUAUAAAGAGGGUACGAUUAGAAUUGACUUCUUACUAACUGCCAAAGAGGGGGGGCUAAGAGAAUAUAUAUAUAUAUGUUAUUUACCAGACGGGAGGUCCGUAUUGGGAAAAACUGUGCCCGAGGUCUUGGAUGCCGGCCUCGUAGGGCACAGUUUUCCCCAAAACGGACCGACCUUGGCUCGUGAAUAACAUUUUAAUUUUUCUAAAACCUAACAAAUGGUUGCGAUAAGAACCGCCCGCUGUGAGAGGGCUGGAUGGGGAGAACACUGCCCGCCCUCGGAACCAAUCAGAUUGCAGGAUUUGUAGAAUACCGCCCGCUCACGGACUGAGAAAAAAAUAAUAUGGGGUAUCAGGUAAAUUUUGUGGUGACACAAGCAAAAUCCCCCUGAGUUGAGUGCAUGAAGGGGUUCAGGAAAUUAUCUGCAGAUGAUAUAUUCUCCACAUUCAUGGGGAGUUGUGAUCACCUAUCUAUCACCCCUGCCCCGAACCAAACUUACCUUCAUUUUUCAGACACUUAUAAACAAAAAAAAAAUCGUCAAAUAUUCCCAAGAACUUUGAAAAACUCUAUCCGUUUUCAUAUGACAAGAAAAUACUUUAUCAUAAUAGGGCUACACAAAAACUUCUCAAAAACACUUUAAGGCAGUCCCGAGAUUUUUUUUAAAAUUUGUUAUUCCUUUUAUUAACUAGUGUUGAAAUUGAUUUAAUAAUGAAAUAAUUUUUUUCCCAGGCUCUGACAAACCCAUGAAAUAUGUGUCCAUUUCCGUCGGUGCUGUAGCUGGUGUCUUGGCUGUAGUAUUGGCUGGUGUUUUCCAUAAAAAGUUUAUUAGAAUCUGUGUAAAACGCGAGGGAUUUAACUAUGAUCGUCCACCUGGUGGUUUGUAUUUUUAUUUCAAAAAAAGAACUUUAUUAUAUUCUCUUGAGAAUACUAAUAGUAGGGAGCUUUAGCAAACCACGAUGGCGAUAGCAACGAGGACGUGGCAAAACCAGAGAUCUAAUUAGCAGAACAACAGCUCAGCGCGUGCGUUUUAAAACUGUGUACAUUUCUUAACCAUCCUCUGAAGAAAAACAACGUGAAAUCAUCAAAAUUUGCGUAGUUCGAAAAAGGAAACCCCGACGGCAAAUUAUUUAAGUUUCCAUUUGGAACUCAACGCCGCUCUCAUACGCUAUGCUGAGGUUAACUUUCGGCGCCAUAAAAGAUGGUACACACAUCCAGUCAGUCGCGAAAUUCCAACUAAAAUAUGUAUUAAUUUUUUGAAUCGACGUCUUCCUUGGUUUUGCCGUCCUAACUGCCAAAAGUUCCUAAUAUCUCUUAGAUGGGCAAAUGACUCAGUUGAUCCUCUUUGCUUUCGCGCAAACUUUGAAUUCACGUUUGGAUAAUAUAUAUCCAUAAAAAUUUAUUUCACCACUUCGAAUUUGUCCUAUUUAGUGGACUGAAACUGUUAGAUUUUCUUGAACUUUGAGGCAAUUUCAUUUUUACCAAAACGAUACCAAUGGCCGUACUAUCUUUUGAAUUUGCUCCGUGUCUCUUCAAGCCAUAAUAUGAAUUGCUUUAGGAAACAAAGAAGAGAUAGACAAUCAACAUCACAAAAACCUGAUUCCGAUCUUUUGAAAAAUUGAAGCUCCUUUCUCGAUAGUGGGUGACAUUUUUUUGCACGAUUUCCCGCCUCCGUAAAGAUCUACACGAAAUAGCUGUAAUUCCUUAGCGAAACCGUCACGAACCUAUUAAGGGGGUAACUUUCUAAAGAAAUUGUGGUGCUACGUCGUUCUGAUUGAAGCACUCUCGCUUUUGAAAUAACAUAAUGGUUAGCCUCAUAUUAAAACUCUUUUGUGCUGUGAAUGAAGCCUGCUCAAGCUUUUACCCUCAUCAGCUACACUUAAGUCUGAGAAUUUUACAGAGUUCUUUAUGAUAAAACCUCCCGCGUGUGUCUAACAAAUUUUCCUUUCGUUACUUCCAGAUAUUGAGCCUGAAAAUCAUGAGGUAUUCAUAAUUUUUAAUAGUGAUGAUAAUGAAUUGGUGAAAGAUGAGCUCCUGCCCCUCAUUGAAGGACAGCAUGGGUUCAAAUGCCGAGUCCAUUACAGAGACUUCAGAGCUGGUGGUAUUAUCUAUGACCUGAUGUCGGAUAGUAUUAGUAAAAGUUACAAAAAUGUAGUAGUUUACUCGAGGAACUUUUUGAAAAGUGGCUUUUGUGAUUUUGAACUGAAUCAAGCAAAGCAUAGACUUCUCAGAAAAAAUGACGACAGUUUGGUUAUUAUAAGAAAAGAUGACGUAGAUUUAAGAUCGCUGCCUGAAGAUCUGCAAGAAAGAAGCGUUAUCGACUAUGGCAGUAAUCAUGAAAAACCCCACUGGGAAAGAAAACUCAUCGAGUUUCUCAAGUUGCCUAACAAAAACAGACAUGAAAGCACAAAAAGUAAUGACACAGUAGUAUCCUCCAUAGACGACGUCGACCCGAUCAGAGAAGUUUUCCAAGAAACAUUUCCGAACAUGGACAGAUGACUUGUUUUACUUUCGCGUAAUGAGGCAUCAAGUUACCGUUACGAAUAUUAGUAACAUUUAGUUCUUUUUUGAAGCUUUGCGAACCUUUGACGUUUCUCAACGCAGCUAUUUAUGGCAAAUUUCAAAACAUAAAACUUGUUGGAUAUCAUGUCAACUGCACUCGAAAAUUCAAGACCCUGCCACACAGAUGAGAGACUGGCACGAGUGAGAACUCAUGCAAUUAGUAUACUCAGCACGACUUUCAAUUUUCAAACUCCAAGCGAAGGUGCUAAGUGGAUAACAUAUCGAUACAUUUCUCUCAGUGACACACAGCUGGAACACAAUCGUAGUUAAAGUAGUGACAGUACCGAUAAUCAGUGGCUGUUUUAGUAUUAUGAGGGUCAAAUUUGUAGACGAUCCCACGUCACUAUUUACUGUUUGUGCCCAUUUAUAAAAAUAUUCUACAUUUUAAUCAGUUCUCUCCUCUCUUAACCUCAAAUUUGUCAAUGAUAAGAUUUAUAAGUAAUUGGUCUUUGAUAGGAUUUAUAAGUAAUUGGUCAUUGAAUAGAUUUAUAAGUAAUUGGUCUUUGUGUUUGACAGUUUUGGAUAAUCAUAAUUCUCUCAAUCGGCCAGAGAUCAAGACAAUUGCAUUAUCAUUAACCAUCAUUACUGUACAUUCGUCUGGAACAAGCGAUACUACCUUUUCAUUUUUUCGUUCUACUAUCACUGCAAUUGUAAUUACCAAAAAGCUAUCGUAAAGAUUCCGUACAUGGCGCAAAGCCACUUUCAAAAGGGCUGCAUCACGAAGCAACAAGUCGGAAAGACAAAUUGGAAAAAUUUGUGGAACAUAACAGAAUUUUUUUUAUGUGUCUUAUAGCUCUCAAAGCUAUGCAUUGUAAAUAGUACAGAGUGCUUUGUCUUAAAAUAAAAUCAUCAACCCUACAAGAAUCUUUCUGUAUCGUAACUGUUCGUAAG